AUGGACAGUUACUUUAAAGCUGCAGUCUGUGACCUGGACAAACUGCUUGAUGAAUUUGAACAGAGUACAGAUGAAUACGACUGCUACAGAACACCUCAAAAUCCAUAUGACUCAAAACACAAUUCGCUUUCUUCAGUUCUGGAUUGCUUACAACAUGUCUACCCAACACCAAAACUGCAAGAGGAUGCUAACAAUUGUACUUCAUCAGAAGAAAUAUCUCUAGCCAGCCACGCUGGAACAAGUGAAGCACUGCUGUGUUAUUCACCACAAAAUGAGAGGAACAUUGCUGGGCCUGAUCUUUUGUCCACUGUGGACAGUGGUUCCUUGAACGAAAUUCAGUCUGCAAACCUGGGAAGGUGUAGUAUACCUGUGUGUGAUCUUGUUAAUGACACAGGUAACUUAAUCCAUUCAGUGGCUGCUCAUGAAGAUACUCAAAAGUUGCAGCCAGAUGACACCCCAUACAGUGAAGGUUUGAUUUGCUUUGGCAUACCUUGCAUGCCUGUCCCUACUCCUGUGUCAUCAGCUGGUUGCAGUGGUGUGUCAGCUACAGAGCAGAGCAAUGGGACCUCAAUACUGCAAGAUUCAGGACAUGUGAAAACCAAGGAGAUUAAUAAUUUAGCUUUAAAAUUAGACAGUUAUGCUACCACAGAGAUCUCAGAUGCACCUGAUGAUCAACACAGGGAAUCAGUGAAGUGCAGUGAAGUACUUGAUCAGCUUGAACAAUCUGCUUGCCUUAAUACCCCAUGCAUCCCUGGAACAUCAGAGAAUUCAAGUGCAUACAGUCCCAAAGAUGAGAAAAUGUAUGAAAAAUUGCCUUGUGAACCACAAGGUGAGACUGUGAGCUCUGUGUUAAACAAGGAGGUGUAUGGAAGAAAUGCCACAGAAAAGGUAGACUCAAAAGACAGGAGUGAUCUUGAAUCUGUGCCUUCAGACCUGCACAGUGCCCCUGCAGCGUUACCUGGGAGCUGUGACUCACUGGGCUCCUCAUGUCAAACUGGAGCUGGAGUAGAAUUAGAACAGCAAAUCACAGAAGAGAACACAGGUAGUGAGGAACCUAGUAGCAAUGAAAUGCUCCACUCUGCUUCACCUCUGUGUGUUUCUGCUGAGGAUGUCCAGGCCUCACUGUCAUGUCUUCCACUUCCUGCAGCUAUAUGUGGUUCAUUAGUGGUGACAGAAGAAAAAGUUAAUUCUGAACCUCAAAAUGAAAUGGCAGAGGUUGUUAGUGAUACUUCAACUGUUCAUGAUGGAAAGCCUAACAUAGAUCUCUCCAGCAGGGAGCCUAGUGAAGACACUGACUUGCAUGAACAGGAAAGGAAUAAUGCUAAAAUCAGUGAAAGUGUUAUGGAAAAUACAGAUGGAGAGAAGUAUGACGCUGACAGUGUAAUUGAUGAUAGUGAUUCGCAGCAAAUAAAACCUUUUGCUUCUGCUUUUCUAGAAUAUGAAGAUGAGGCAUAUGAUGCUGGUAUAGACCCUUAUUACAGUGGAAGUAUGAGCCCGGUUAUGGGUGAUUUCACUGUCGAGGAGAAUGUUAUUAAAAGUGAUAAUCUAAUAACCGAUGCUGAGCUUGAUGAUUUCUUGUAUGGGCAAAGUCUUCAGUCCAGUGUGUUGAAGUCUUCAGACAGUGACAGUAACUUAAUGGAAGCUGAUGCAGAUGAAGAUAAUGUAACAAAUCUGAACAACCUGGAUUUCACAGUGGUCGCUGAAGGACGUAUGCAGGCAAACCUGGAGGAGAUAAUGAGCACUAACAGUAAUCCUGCAGCAUCACUUACUGCCAGUGAGACGGAGUCUGCAGCAGAAGGCAGUAUGUCUUCUAUUCACUAUGUGACUGAGAGGGGUAGUGAAACACUGGUUCCUAAUAUUCAUACUGAAGGUGCAAGGCCAAAGCAGUUGCCUGGCCUUUCCCAAGGAGCUGCUGGUCAGACACAAGUGACUAGGUCAGAAGCAACUGAGGGAGAAAACCAGGAAGCUGGUUCCAUUACCCCAGAAGCUCCUCUCUCAGGCACCAGCAUAAAUGUUGGUAAAAGUACUGAUGCUGAGCACUCUGAGGAAAGCAGCUCUAAAGCUGGAGGAAAUCAUGCACCUGAAAAUACAGAAUCAGUUAAAAUACCUGCAGCUUUCCCACAGAAACAACCAGUGUGGGUUCCUGAUUCAGAGGCACCCAACUGCAUGAACUGUCAAGUCAAGUUUACAUUCACAAAAAGACGACACCACUGCCGUGCAUGUGGAAAGGUGUUCUGUGUUAGCUGUUGCAAACGAAAAUGCAAACUGCAGUACCUGGAGAAGGAAGCAAGAGUCUGUACUGGAUGUUACAACAACAUUAAUAAAGCACAGGCAUUUGAAAGAAUGAUGAAUCCAACUGGUCCUGGUCCCCGUUCCAGUAUUUCCUCUGAGUCUUCUGCUGUUCCACCUGCAGAUGAAGCCCAGGCAGCUGGUGGUGCUAGAGAUCCUUCACCUUCUGCUUUGUUACCUAUCUCAGUACUUAAGCAACCUGGUAUUGAAGGGCCGUGCCCCAGAGAACAGAGGAGAGUUUGGUUUGCAGAUGGUAUCUUGCCAAAUGGUGAAGCAGCAGAUACAAGAAAACUUUCGUCUGCAGCAAAGAGUCCAUCACAGGAUGUAAGUCCUGUAAACCUGGACUUGCUAGGGAGGUGCAUGGCUGCAAAUCCAGAAGAAGAUGACACAUUAACUGAUGUAAAUCCAAAACCCAAGGAAGAAGCGGAUAUUUUUAAAAGAAGAGAGGAAUUACAUUGUCCUGUUUCUUCAAGUGUUGCACAGCAGGCUGUUCCAGGCCAGAGUGAGGUGGUGCAUAGCUGUAAAUCUGAAACUCUAGAAACUUCAGCAUGUUCUCCUACUGCAGAACCUGAAAAGCCUAGUUCUGGCUCAGCUGAUCAGACUGCAAGCGAUAUGCCUGUUAGUCCUUCAUGUUACAGAGCACUAUGUGGUGUCGAAAACUGUGUCCGUACUGAGAUCAGCCUUGUUCCUGACGGCGAUAAACUGCCACCGCUUCUGCUUGCAGUGGGUGAAAGUGGAAAAGAUCCCAUAGUGGAAGAACAUCCAUCUCACCAACAGGUCACCUUGCUUCUUGUGGAAGGAAGUCCUAACCCAUUAACUUUUAUCCUCAAUGCAAACUUGCUUGUGAAUGUCAAGCUAAUCACUUAUUCUUCAGAAAAGUGCUGGUACUUCUCAACAAAUGGACUACAUGCUUUGCGCCAGGCAGAAAUUAUAAUUCUUUUGCAGCGUUUGCCACAUGAAGAAAUCUUUCCUAUUGAAAUAUUAAAAUUAUUUAUUCACAUCUAUAAGGAUGCAAUGAAAGGAAGGUUAAUAAGAAACAUGGAAAACAUCACUUUUACUGAAAACUUCCUUGGUAACAAAGAGCAUGGAGGAUUCCUGUUUGUUUCACCAACUUUUCAGAAAUUUGAUGAUCAGAUUCUACCACAUAACCCCUUUCUUUGUGGCAUUCUCUUCCAUAAACUGGAAACACCCUGGGCAAAAGCUUCUCCCAUUCGUUUAUUGUUGAGAUUGGGAGCAGAGUAUGACA